CGUGAGCCUGCGGGUGGCGCGCAACGCAUGGUGGCCACUUCUCUCGGAGUGUCGCCGACCCGCCGACCCGGGCUCGGUUCCCUGUGCCCGGCGCGCCCGGGCGACCAACUGGAGACACACGCAGGCAGCAGCAUUCGCAGCACCAGAGGCGGCUGCUCCGCCGCCCGCGUCUCCGCGGGAGCAUGGAGUGCGCCCUGGACGCCCAGAGCCUGAUCAGCAUCUCCCUGCGCAAGAUCCACAGCUCCCGGACCCAGCGCGGCGGCAUCAAGCUGCACAAGAACCUCCUGGUGUCCUACGUGCUCCGCAACGCGCGCCAGCUCUACCUGAGCGAGCGCUACGCCGAGCUCUACCGGCGCCAGCAGCAGCAACAGCAACCGCCCCACCACCAGCACCUCGCUUACGCGGCGCCCGGAAUGCCGGCCAGCGCGGCCGACUUCGGCCCGCUCCAACUUGGCGGCGGCGGAGACGCGGAGGCGCGCGAGCCGGUCGCCCGGCACCAGCUGCACCAGCUCCACCAGCUUCACCAGCUGCACCUCCAGCAGCAGCUGCACCAACACCAGCACCCGGCGCCCAGGGGCUGCACGGCGGCGGCACCGGUAGCGGUGGCCGGGGCGCCCGCGGGCUGCGCGGGGGCGCUCUCGGAGCUGCCCGGGUGCGCUGCGCUCCAUCCGCCUCACGGCGCGCCCCACCGCGGGCAGCACUUGGAGCCGCUGCAGCCGGGUCCUGCGCCGCUGCCGCCGCCCGCGCCCGCCGCGCUCUGCCCGCGGGACCCUCGCGUCCCGGCCGCUUGCUCUGCGCCCUCGGCGCCUCCGGGGGCUGCCCCUCCGACCGUCGCUGCCUCCUCUCCGCCCGCCUCUCCAGCCCCUUCCUCAUCCCCUGGCUUCUACCGGGGCGCGUACCCGGCCCCCUUGGACUUCGGCGUGCACUGCAGCAGCCAGACCACCGUGCUGGACCUGGACACUCACGUGGUGACCACCGUAGAAAACGGCUACUUGCACCAGGACUGCUGCGCCUCCGCCCACUGCCCCUGCUGUGGCCAGGGCGCUCCGGGACCGGGUCUGGCGUCCGCCGCUGGUUGCAAGCGCAAGUAUUACCCUGGCCAGGAGGAAGAGGACGACGACGAGGAGGACGCGGGCGACCUGGGAGCCGAGCCCCCCGGGGGCACCCCGUUCGCCCCCUGUAAGCGCGCCCGCUUCGAGGACUUCUGCCCGGACUCGUCCCCGGACGCGUCCAACAUCUCAAACUUGAUCUCCAUCUUUGGCUCCGGCUUCUCGGGACUGGUGAGCCGACAGCCGGACUCCUCGGAGCAGCCGCCGCCGCUCAACGGGCAGCUGUGCGCCAAGCAGGCGCUCGCCAGCCUCGGCGCCUGGACUCGAGCCAUUGUCGCCUUCUAGGGACCCCCGAGGGCAUGGGGACCCUGGGCCCCGCAGGGCUAGGGCCAGACAAAGACUCGGCCAAGGGGCGAUAGGGAGCGAGCGGGUCCCGGCCACUCGGGGCUGAGCUGGGGGCGAGCAGAGGCUGAUGUUUUAUAAAUUGUAAAAUAAAAAAAAAAUCUAAAAAUCU